AUGAUGAACGAAGCGAUCGAGGAGGACCUGUCAUAUGAGGAUUUGAGGAAUGAUGAAGUUGACCUCAUUAACAUCGGUGCAGUCGAUGUGGAAGGAGAAGAAGAGGACGAGGAAGAGGGAGAAGAAAACUCAAGCUACAAUAGCAGUGACAAAACGAAUGUCUCCUCAGAUGUGCAGUUAAUAAAAUUCAAGGAGCAAAAUAUUUCCUACUACAAAAGAUUUUACGCCAACAAAAGUAUCUACUGUGUGAAUUCCUUUAAGAAGUGGAUCUACUUUGGGAGUAUCAACAACAGCUGCUACUUGUAUAACAAUUUCGAUGACGACCUCAGGAAUUUCGUACACGAGGGGGUUAGCGGUGUUAACUUGGUUAGUAGUAUUAACCCGAAAAUCAGUCUACAGAAUUUGAAGCACCACAAGUACACGGACACCGUAACAAACAUAAAGUUCUCCAAAAGUUACAUGUACAUUGCCCUGUCUAUAUACAAUGGGGAUAUCUACAUCUACAACAAUAAUAAUAUGAACAAAUCAGAAAUCUUAAAUUACAAUAUUACAAAUUUUAAAAAUAAUAUUAACAAUAGUAAUUCUUUGCUUCACAUUUACAACUGGAAUGUUCACAUGAGUAAUUUUAAAAAGGAAGAAAAUGAGUGGAUUACUGAGGACAUGGAUUUUGUAAAUAUGCUAACCAUUAAUGAUGCAAAUAAUAAGAAGGAUAUUGAGUACUUUAUGUUUUGUCCCUUUAAUGAGGAAAUCCUUUUAAGCAUUUAUUUGGACUCUCCAAAUAUAUAUAUAUGGAAUAUUCGACAGAACACCCCUAUUAGCAUUACCUACACGGUGCAUAUCCCUACGUUCAUCAACAUUUGUAAUUAUGGGAACAACUUUUAUCUGAUCGCUGGGUUCCACAGUGGAGAGACACAUGUGUACGAUUAUAAUGUGUACAAUAUGAAAAAGCGUAAUGAGGGUAAGAAACAUGAGUAUAGAUUUAAGGGUGAAAGCGGAAACGGGAACGGUUCGGAACAACAACAAUUGAACCAGUCGCAUUCUGCACAUAAAAUUAUGAGCGAAGAACUGGACAAUUGCAAUGAUGUACUCUGCAUCGACAAUAAUCUUUCGAAUGAAAUUUACGUAGCUACGCACCGAAACGUAAUUCAAAUUUGCAGCGUGAACAACAACAGUGUCAUCAGCACGUAUCAGAACCUGCACACGGACCUGGUGGACUACUGUCUCUUCAACAACAAGCGCAAUAAUAUUUUCGCGUCAUCUUCCCUCGACAAUAGCAUCAUUGUGUACGACUACCAUUCCAAAAAAUACAUUAACAAGUUUAUUGUGAACUACGAUUUUAAUAAAGUUGACACAAACGACCAAAUGGAAAAAGGAAUCAACUUCCUCAGAUGGAUUAACACAAACCUGCUCCUUUUUUCAAGUCUUAAUGGAAACAUUUAUAUUUAUGAUAUUCGGUCUAGGAAGUGCAUCCAUCAGUUCUACAGUCAUACGGAUACAAUAUUCAACGUGCACUUGUCCCUACAUUUGUAUGACCAGAAAAAAAUUUUGUCCAUUCUAACCGCCAGUGACGAUCGCUCCUCAAACAUGCAUUUCCUGGACAUCUCCGAUUUUAUCUAG